UUUUCUUACCAGUGAAUCACGACACGAGCUUUCUGGCCGUACGUGACAAGCCCUGGGGAACGCAUAUUGAUAGCAGCACUAUGGAACUUCUUCCAACUUCAUCUGGAGCUGUGCCUCAUUUCGAUGCAAUUCACCUCCCUUCAUUCACCUACAUUAUCUAUGCUGUUUUUCUUAGUACGUUUGUGUUAUAUAAAGAGUCAUCUUGAACGACCUUUCGUGCCCAAACUUACCCCCCCGACAACGGCACACGACUUUCUUCAAGGUAUGGCGAACAGCCCGGCACAAAAUACACCACUGUCAAGUCUCGAUCAAUAUGCUAAGUCGAAUCACUUUAGAGAUAUGGCGACCUUGACCUUGACUAAGACUGUCAACUACCUUACCACACCAUCAUUCUACCUGUGCCACAGAAACGGUAUAGACGAGCAGAUGAUCUUGCUCCAUGGCAGCAUCCUUCUGGGUAUCUUGGUCGCUGUAUGCUGCUACCUUUGGCUAUGGGAACCCAACGCACAUCUUCCCGGACAUACAAGUUACCAGAUUCUACUUCCUGUGCUCCAAUGUAUUUGGCCUGCCAUACGAUAUUUUUCUCUGGCGGUUGGGGGCAUAUACUCCCUGGGUGUUCGGGCGCUCCUCCUCCUCUGCGUCGAUCUUCCAGAUGUUAUGGACAAGCGGGUGGACAGGUAUUGUUGGAGGCUUCGCGGGGCCCCGGAGAGAUACGUGCCCAAGAAGCUGAAGCACGUCAACCUCGCCGACAGAGAGGAGGUUGACGCAUACUGGGAUAUGCAUGCUCCCAAGUUUAACGAUGUCUUCGACGUGGACGAGGCAGAGACUGUGAGGCCUGCGUGUGGGGGGGCUAUGGGGAAGAGUGACGGCUGCGAUACUAUAUAUCGGAAGCAGCUUCGGCUAAGGUCCGCGCAGGCUAGGGUAAUGCGACACCAUUCUCGGUCGAAGAGUUGGUGAGGCCGGAGAAGAAUUUAUUUGGGAAGGGGGUCAGUGGAUUGAGUUUGUCGGCCGAGGUCGUCGACCAUGACGAUGGUAUUUAGGGGUCUCAUUGCCCAGAUGUUAUAUCAGGAAAUAACCCUUUGCUUUCUUUGUCUCCCCGA